AGAUCCAUUGCCAAUGGACUUGCUGCUCAAGAGCAGAAACCUGAUAGCAGCCACCACCAUAACUUUGAUUCCCAGCGUGAAGCGGAGCUUAGCAAGCAGAACCCCAUAAAACCGGCUAUGCUGCAUGGAAACAAGCCAUCAAAAGGAGCACAGAUCGAUCGGGAGCUGCAUCUAGAAGAUGAGCAAAGGCUGAGGGAGAAGGGUAUCAAAUAA